AAACAAAAUAAUGUUAUUAAAUAUUUACAAUCCAUAAAAAAUGAAUUGGACCUUAAAGAUAAAUACAUUGAUAUUAUUGAAGAACAAGAUAUUUCAGGUCCAGAGCUUUUCAAGUUAACUAAAAAAAAACUUGAAAUGUUAGGAAUACCAGUUGGACCUACAAUGAGAAUUGUAGACUAUAUACAAAAGCUCAGUAUACAAUUAAAGCUAUUUUCAAGUUAUAUAUCUAAAGAUGAUAUGAAAUAUGUUUUAAGCAAAUAUAGAAUCACUGACUUAUAUAAAAUAUCAUGUUUCAAACCAGGUUAUAAUGAAGCUGUACAUUCUAGAUACAUUGAUAUAAUAUUACAGAAUUCUCUGCAUAUUGCCAAACAAAUUACCAAGAAGCAGAUUAGUUUAGAACCAGAGUUUGAAAUUAUAGAUGUAGAAGCAUCAGGUGAUGUUAACUAUACAUUUAGAAUGAGUAAAAUAAAUAGUGAUUCAGAAGAGUUG